AUGCAGCGACUGUGUGUGUGUGUGCUGAUCCUGGCGCUGGCUCUGGCCACCUUCUCUGAAGCUGCUUGGAAGCCUGGCUCCCAGCAGCAGGACGCACCCUCAGGUCCAGGGGCAAAUAGAGUCCUGGAGCCACACUGGCUGGACCGGCUGGGCGCUGCCCCUCACCAGCGAAGGCAGCUGGGGCUCCAAGGUCCCCCACAGCUGGUGGCAGACCUGUCCAAGAAGCAGGGACCGUGGGUGGAGGAAGAAGAAGCAGCAUACGGAUGGAUGGACUUCGGCCGCCGCAGUGCUGAGGAAGGGGACCAGCGUCCCUAGAACGGAGCUUCAAAGCCCAGACAUCGCCCAGCCCAGCCCCAUGAAAAACCACUCAAAAUAA